AUGGCGAGAGCACAUGCCGAGAAUGAGUUUGGAUGCAUACUUGGGGCCCACUGGUUAGGUCUGAAAUCACCUGAAGUAGAACUGAAAACGCGCGUGCGUACCAGCAAUGUGAUGCGAUUGAGCCGAACAUCUUCUGCUCCACAGCUCAUUCCUCAAUGUAGACGAUAUCAAAGUCACGCGCUCUGGACUUCUCCUUCUCCAACUCAGCAGCGGUCAAUUCCUCACAAUACAUUACUCGUAUCCGUCAGACAUUUUCGUCUAGCCUCAUGGAAGAAUUUCUUUCGGCCGAAAGUUCAGGAGUCGUCCGGAAUGUCUGACACUCAAGAGGAAAUAGCCAAAGCUGCUAUCCUUGAGAAAGUCAUGAAAGGCAGGCAGCUUACAGAUCUCAUGUUACGCUGCACUAUUUUGGAUCAUGCGGGCAAUAUCAAGAGCAUAUCAGGUCAAUUUAAACGGUCUGACUUGUGCAACGAGCAUCGCUUAAACCCUCGUGAUUUACGGAAGAUUGAUUCACGAAUACCCAACCUUGUUCCUACAAUUCUUAUUCGCAAAGGAGCUGUUCUAAUUAACAUACUUCACAUACGGGCGUUAGUCAAGGCCGAUACCGUGGUUUUGUUUGACUCUUAUGGGUCCAACGAUUCCCGUCUUCACUCUGUGUUCCUGUACCAUCUCGAGCAUAACCUUAAGGCCCGGGGUAGCGGCGCACCUUACGAAUUCAGAGCAAUCGAGUCAAUCCUUCUCUCGGUUCUCAGCGCGCUAGAAGCCGAGAUGGUGUUCAUCCGUAACCUCGUAGGUGGUCUCUUGGCGGAGCUCGAGGACGAUAUCAAUCAUGACAAAUUCAAACGCCUGCUGCACUACUCAAGACGUCUGGUAGCGUUCAAAAAUCGCGCUAAGCUCGUCCAAGAGGCUCUGGAAGAAGUACUCGAACAAGAUGAUGAUUUGGAUGCUAUGUAUCUCACUGACAAGAAAAAUGGCGUUCUGCGCAACAUGCAUGAACACGAAGAACUUGAGGUACUUCUCGAGUUUUUCUCCAAACAAGUAGAAGAAAUUGCCAAUGAAGCUGAAAACAUCGAGGCCAACGUCCAAUCUACUCAGGAGAUUGUAGAGCUCAUCUUAGACUCUAACCGGAACGCACUACUUGCAUUGGACCUUAAAGUAUCUAUCGGAACGAUGGGAAUUGGCACGGGGGCCCUGAUCGCAGGUUUAUUCGGCAUGAACUUGAAAAGUCACAUGGAGGAGAUGCCCUAUGCCUUCAUGGCGAUGUCCACCCUCUCGUCGGCUGUUGCACUUUUCGUAGCAUGGGCCGGCCUAAGAAGACUCGCUCAGAUACGAAAAGUCGGGCUCUCUAAUCCCAAACGAGUACAAGAUUUGGAAGCGCGUCCACGAAUACCACUACCCUUGCGCCGGCGAAAUUCAAACGGAUGGUCAUGA